UCGCUUACACGACUGCAAUAAUAUGGAGACUAUGGAGUCACAAGAUCUGGCGCUAUACUAGAACCGCACUAGCGCUAGCACUUCACUCUGUGGCAGUGCUGUUCUUAGAUUUAUCAUUUAACGGCCAUAUUCACAAAAAAGAUGAGGAAAGGUCACAAGAGUACAAUCGGAAGAUUUCGCAAGAGCUUUCGCUAUGCUCUUAACAAAGAUCCGGAAUGGGCACAUCAGGAAAUCAUGACGGAAGCCAUUGUGGUGCUGUGGUUUGCUGCACAGCUGGCCGUUAAAUUCGGUUCCCGGAUAUUCGCGGAAUGGCAAGGAUGUCGUACCGAUCCGGCGAUACCGACGUACCUAGAUGGUUUUCUGGAAUGGUUUGGACUGAAAAUGACUGGGUGCGUUUGGAAUGACAUUGUAUCGUCCUGGAAGCCACCCAACGGAAUCAAAGUUACAACACCGCUGCACCACAUUGCCGCAGCAGCGGGAACGGUAGGAUCCCUGGGAUACAUUGGCGCCUUUGCGACCGUCUGCACCACGGCCCUCCUGACCAUCUCCGUGGUCUGCUCCUUAUUCGUCAAUCGUCACUGGCAGUAUCCGCGGUGGCGACAACACCUGCACGGCUGCCACAAGAUAACGGAACUGUUCGGCUACUAUUCGGACGGAGACGGGGGUUACGGCGGCAUAUGCCAUGACAAACUGCGCGAUCUGCUUUUAGCGGUGGUCGUGUUGCUUGUGCAGCUGGCCGGUGCUACCGUCGCGUGGUUCUUCUUGUGCGCACUGCCGGUCGUCAUGGCGAUGGGCGCGGUGGUCGCGGGAGUCAUCAACAUUUUCGGCCUAACUGCGGUAUUUCCGUGCUGCGUAAUCGUCGUCUGCCUGAUGGCCGUUUACUGCUUGGGACGACUCUGGGGAUUAUGGAUGAAGAAUACGUACUUUAUGUGGCUGCAUCGAAAAAUUAAGACGGCAUUUGGUGUGGACAUGCUAAUAACUGUAAAGAUUCCCGAUGCCGCACCGGCAAAAUACUCACCGUCCCCCAAGCUUACAUCGACUGAGCGAAACCCGGAACCGUCAAAGAAUUUUCUGAUUCAAAAGGCGGUUUUAUUCAUGGCUGGCGCAACGGCUAUAUUAACUAACAUGGGACCACUUUUUUGGCGAUUUCCCUUGGUUCAGUACGCUCUGGACGCAAACGCGAUCACCGGGUCCGGAACCGCGGCCUCCAAUUGGACUUACUGGGUGAAGGGCAACUGGACUGUGUGCAAAAGCAAUGGCUAUCUGUAUGGAACGAAUCUGGGCGCUGAGAUGGGUAUGCUGUCGUACUGGGUGGAUCUUGCGUCUGACGAGCUGAAAUCAUCCAACACAUACAACGCACCAAUAAUUCUCAGCUUUAAUCCGGACUAUCCGUCCAUUGUCAGUGGAAUUUUUAUGGUGUGGAGCGGCCUGGUAUUGGCCGCCGGCUUGACACCCUAUCUCCUUCUGGCAUUGGCCGAAGCCAGCUGUCUUUUAUAUAUCGUUUGGCAGAUCAUCGUUGAGUGUCGCGGCGUGAAAGAAUCCCGAAUCACCCAAACUCAGAGUAUUCAUCCGGCUUGCCUUUGGCAACCCAUCGCAAAUUUCCCAGCGGAGGAAGCCGGCACCGAUGCAGUGUACGACCAGUAUGUUAACCAAGAAGCUCCAACUGACACCAUCAUUCCGUGCGAAUUCUCGGACCGGUGCCCAUCUAGCCAACCGACAUUCUGCGUGUGCUCGACGUGGGCGUACGCGGUGUAUUACAUUGCGGUGAUGGUACUGGCGUGGGUUGGCUGGAUUUUCGUCCCAUUUCCGGUGCUGGUGUUCGGGCUACCAGAGCGACUGCAACUGCCGGGCAUUCUCCUGUUCUUUACCGGUUUUGCUGUAUACACCUACCGCCAGUUUACCCCGUUUGCUGCGGAGAUCUAUCGCAUGUUCUCUCGUGACAGUGGCGCACCGAACAGAAGCGCUUGGGACUGAAUGUAGCCCGAUUAAAUUCAGGUUUGCGUUACCAUCAAGAAUUAUUCAGCUUGCAGUCAAUUGGUACUGCAACAAAGUAGCUGCGCAUUCACCCGCAACAUCUCGAUCUCUUCGCGAGAGGAAAUUUUGGCCGAUCAUAGUAAAGCUCUGCAUAUUUCUGCAGUUAUGGCAUGGGCAUGCUGCUCGGAUUUCCGCUGAAUUAUCGCGGGGACUG